AUGGAACUUCAAGGAAAAGUGAUGGUGGUGUCAAAGGUGGAAGCAGGCAAUAAGACAUUUACAUUGUCUCAUAUCACACAGCUGGUUCUGAGUCACAACAAGCUUACAACUGUGCCAGCAAACAUCGCAGACCUGAGAAACAUAGAAGUGCUCAAUUUUUUCAACAACCAGAUUGAAGAGCUGCCGACACAGAUCAGCAGCCUUCAGAAGCUCAAACACCUGAAUCUUGGCAUGAACAGGUUAAACACCUUGCCAAGGGGAUUUGGCUCUUUACCAGCUCUGGAGGUUCUCGACUUGACUUAUAACAACUUAAAUGAAAAGUCCCUACCAGGAAACUUCUUCUAUCUGACCACCCUGCGUGCACUCUAUCUAAGUGACAACGAUUUUGAAAUCCUGCCGCCAGAUAUUGGGAAGCUCACAAAGUUGCAGAUACUGAGUCUUAGAGACAAUGACCUGAUAUCACUGCCUAAAGAAAUUGGGGAGCUCACUCAGCUUAAGGAACUUCACAUCCAGGGAAAUCGUCUCACUGUGCUGCCCCCAGAACUAGGUAAGAUUAUGGAUGAUC